AUGCGUGCAUAUUUGACAGAGUGCAGGGACUGCCUGAAAUUAUCAAAGAAAUUUAAGGAUAAACCGGGUUAUGUCGGGUUAUGCAGUAAUAAGAUUAUUACAGUACUGCGUAUACUAAUACUUAUUCAGAGCGUAUGUGGACGGAUUACUGUAGAAGAAACAAGAGAAGUGCACCGGACAGUACUGCAGGACCAAGAUAUAAUUAGAAUGAUAAACCCAGAUGGAGGAUUAUCCCCAUUAAGGGGCUUUUUAUGGUACACCUGUGGGUUCAUGUAUAAUAUAAGGAUGUUCUCCUGCUGGAUGGAUGUAGACUACAGCGUAUGGCUGAAUAAUUCAGGAGGGCGUACUCCCGUAUACGAAUACGCACGGAAUUACGGUCGGGAUGGAGUGCAUCGUAAAUUAGCACAGGAUGAGUAUGAGAAGAAGUUAGUCGAGUACCACCAGAUGGUUAUAAACUUAUUCCCAUCAGCAGAGGGGUACUUAAGCAUACACACAGACAAAGAAGACUCCUUGUACGCCCUGCUUAAUAAGUGCACAGAUACGGACAAGUACAGGAUCCUUGCUGGAUUAUUGCUGUUAUCUGAGGGGCUGAGCGUCCCACUGAGCAUAACACGAUUGGAGGAUAGUUCGGAAAUUCUUGUGCUGAAGGAUUUAAGCAAGGACGCAGAACACUUCCGCAUUAGUUUAAGUGGUGCCUGUGCACACGGUAAUAAACAAGAACCCGAAAUAACCCGAAAUUCAAGUGGAGUCGUGGAUACUAUCCAGUUCUUUAUAGAUAACCAUAAUAAUUGGUGUUUACAGUGCAGUGCAUUAUUUAAUGGGCAAAUGCCUUAUGGCGUGUUUAAAUCAGGCGGAUUCCUGUGCACGCUUCAGUUCCUCAUACAGUCGUACAUAUUUGAUUAUAUGGAAAGCGUGGAGAGUACGGUUUUAUUCUGUGUUACAGUGUUUGAUAUGCUUAGGGAGUGUAUACAGCACAGUAUAAAUAAGAAGUUUAGGGCCAAGGCACUGAAUAUCUUCAAUUCUUACUUCAUCCCGUACGGCAUGGAUACGCCUGGUGCACAGUACUACGAGUCAGUUGGUAUAGCAAGCUUGGUCUUGAACCGGCUUAGAGUGCUGCCGUUUGAGCAUAAGGCACAAAUAUUCCCAAUCACUACAUUUAAAUUUCAUAAUAAAACCGUACACAGACUGGAAAGAAUCACUGAAGACUUUCUAAAUUUAUCCAUAAAAAAGGAUAAUGCCGUAUACACAGACUUAAAAACAAGAAACCACCUGCCUGAUCGGGUUAAUAGUGUAGAAACAGUACUUUUAUGCUUAUUCUGCUGUUUUGCAUACGACCAGUAUAAACAGGAGUAUACAGUAAGCCACAUACCAAAUGCAUCCAAGGAGUUAAAGGAGUUCUUUAAUAAGUAUAAGUAUAUGUUCGAUAUGACAACAGAAGGUAUACAUAAUAAUUGGAAUAAAGUAGUGGCAGACCUGAAUAACCCGUAUAUUUGCUAUGCCAGGCCUAAUAAGAACCAGCUGGAUCUGGGAGUGAUUAAUACCCUGUGCGUAAUCACAGAAGUAGCAGGCAUAUUUGAUGAGCAUAAGCCUAGAAUCAAUAAGUUCAUAGAAACCAUCAAGAGAAAUAAUAAACUGCCAGCAGAGGAUUCUUCAGAGUUACAGCAGUACAUUAAAGAAUUAUUCAAGGCACUCUCAGUGAAUAAGAACAUAAGGAUAGGAUUCUUAUGGACUCUACUGAAUAAGUCACAAAUCAACAGACCUGACUUAUUCAUGGAUAUGAUCGUACAUUAUAGAAUGAAUGAGGUUGAAGAAUCAGUAUUCAUAAGUAUAUACAGGGCACAGACUAGAAUUGAUUUUCGUAAGGCACCAGUACAACCAUUACUACACUCCCAUAAAACAUCCAUUAAAACAGAAACCAUUAAAUUGAACUUAUUAAAGCCAGCGUAUAUGCAGCAAUUAGUACUUCAUUACGUAAAUCACGUAUCUGUACAAUACGAUAAUGUAUACUUUAACGAAUUAAACCUUAAAAUGAGUGACUGGCUGAAUAAAAAAGUACCCUGUCCCAUGAAUAUGUACAUAAACCCAAUACUAGUAGUGUAUAAGAUACAGAGCACUAGAUAUAAAUUAUUAUUAAUAAGGGAUAUACUACUGGAAUGUUUAGGGAUUAAUAAGGCAAUGUGUACUGGUGCUAUUAAUUUAGUAUCUAAUAUACUGGGAAGUAUCCCAUUUAAUAAUACAUCUAUACGGAACACUUUCUUUACUACUAUUAUACACUGUGGUGCGGAUAAGGAGUAUUAUUCAAGGAUCAGUAUAAGUACUACUGUAUACCCAGCAGUUGAAUUUUAUCAUCAUGAGAUAUCCAUUAUUAUCAAUAAGUUAUUAGAUACUAAGACAGUGCACGUAUUUGUGUCCUGGUUGAAGUAUUUAUUAUCAGUUAAGCCAUGCCCAUUCUUGUACACAUUGGAUUAUAUACUGGAUAGUAGCAGGAUUGUCACUAGAGUGCUUAUAUUUGAAUUUAUAACUGUACGGUGCAGGACGGUUAAGUACAUAAACCAAAUUAUUGAUGAUAUAAGGGCACUUAAAGUGAACUAUCCUGAUUAUAACUGUGAGGAGACUGUUAAUACUCUUUUACUGUCACUUAUAUGCAUACACUGCCAGUAUAAUAAGAAUAUAAGUAUAAUACAGCCUAUUUAUGAGGGAAUCAAUGAAAGUAUGCCUGUACAUUUAGGGUUUAAAAGAUCAAGUCCAUCUAAAUACUAUAAGAAUGCGAUUGAUGCACUUUCAUCAAUAAAGGAUGUUCUUUGUAGAGGGAGUGAGAAUAAGUCUAAGUACGAUAAAGUACUUUCUGCAUUAUUAUUCAAGUACAGUGUAAAACAGCAGGAAGAGGGGAUGAACCUAUUAGAAGCAAAUUUAUUCUUAGAUGACCGUUAA